AUGGCAGUCCGUGUGCCAGUUGGCACUCCAACAAGGACAGUCCUUGUGCCAGUUGGCCCUCUACCACGGACAGUCCGUGUGCCAGGUGACUCUCCAACAAGGACAGUCCGUGUGCCAGUUGGCCCUCUACCACGGACAGUCCGUGUGCCAGUUGGCCCUCUACCACGGACAGUCCGUGUGCCAGUUGACUCUCCAACAAGGACAGUCCGUGUGCCAGGUGGCCCUCCAACAAGGACAGUCCGUGUGCCAGUUGACUCUCCACCAAGGACAGUCCGUGAGCCAGGUAGCACUCCACCAAGAACAGUCCGUAAGCCAGGUGGCACUCCACCAAGGACAGUCCGUGAGCCAGGUGGCACUCCACCAAGAACAGUCCGUGAGCCAGGUGGCACUCCACCAAGAACAGUCCGUAAGCCAGGUGGCACUCCACCAAGAACAGUCCGUGAGCCAGGUGGCACUCCACCAAGAACAGUCCGUAAGCCAGGUGGCACUCCACCAAGAACAGUCCGUGAGCCAGGUGGCACUCCACCAAGAACAGUCCGUGAGCCAGGUGGCACUCCACCAAGAACAGUCCGUGAGCCAGGUGGCACUCCACCAAGAACAGUCCGUGAGCCAGGUGACUCUCCACCAAGAACAGUCCGUGAGCCAGGUGGCACUCCACCAAGAACAGUCCGUGAGCCAGGUGGCACUCCACCAAGAACAGUCCGUGAGCCAGGUGGCACUCCACCAAGAACAGUCCGUGAGCCAGGUGGCACUCCACCAAGAACAGUCCGUGAGCCAGGUGGCACUCCACCAAGAACAGUCCGUGAGCCAGGUGGCACUCCACCAAGAACAGUCCGUGAGCCAGGUGGCACUCCACCAAGAACAGUCCGUGAGCCAGGUGGCACUCCACCAAGAACAGUCCGUGAGCCAGGUGGCACUCCACCAAGAACAGUCCGUGAGCCAGGUGGCACUCCACCAAGAACAGUCCGUGAGCCAGGUGGCACUCCACCAAGAACAGUCCGUGAGCCAGGUGGCACUCAACCAAGAACAGUCCGUGAGCCAGGUGGCACUCCACCAAGAACAGUCCGUGAGCCAGGUGGCACUCCACCAAGAACAGUCCUGCCACUUACAACACCCUCACUAGCGUAA